GAGAGGGGGUGUCGAGGCAAACAGCCUGUAGAAGGGCCCCUAGCGCCAGACAUUAGUACUGGCCUGGUUGAUCACUCCACAUCUUUGAACGGCGCAGUGUUGUCGAAGGCUGGAACACGGUCGGGCGUAUGGACAGGCGGCCGUAGCUCCGGGAUCCCUCUCAGUCUCCAUCCGUGCGCAAAACGGACUAUCAAUCUUUCGCCCUUUCUAUCUUUCUCUCUCUCUUCCUCUCUGCGCUCCGGUUGUCUCCACUGCAGGGCCUCUUCUUUUUUUUUUACACAAGAAGAGGGGGGAAAAAAGUGGGUGUUUGCUGCUUCACUGGUGUUUCGGCAGCGGCGGCGGCGGCAGCGGCGGCGGAGAGCGCAGCGAAGUGUCCUCGAUGGCAGGCUGGAAGGACGGCUCGGUGCAGGAGAAGUAUCGGCUGGUGGUGGUCGGAGGCGGCGGUGUCGGCAAAUCAGCCCUGACUAUCCAGUUUAUCCAGUCGUACUUUGUCACUGACUAUGACCCCACAAUUGAAGACUCCUAUACCAAGCAGUGUGUGAUAGACGAAAGGGCGGCCAGGCUUGACAUCCUCGACACGGCUGGACAGGAAGAGUUUGGAGCCAUGAGAGAACAAUACAUGAGGACAGGGGAGGGCUUCCUGCUCGUCUUCUCAGUCACUGACAGAGGAAGCUUUGAAGAAAUCUACAAAUUCCAAAGACAGAUUCUCCGAGUCAAAGAUAGAGAUGAAUUCCCUAUGAUCCUCGUAGGAAACAAAGCCGAUCUGGAACUACAGAGACAAGUAACCCAAGAAGAGGGCCAGCAACUGGCCAGACAAUUAAAGGUCACAUAUAUGGAGGCUUCAGCCAAAAUCCGAAUGAACGUAGACCAAGCUUUCCACGAGCUGGUUAGAGUAAUCAGGAAAUUCCAAGAACAGGAAUGUCCACCGUCGCCAGAACCUACAAGAAAAGAGAAAGACAAGAGCGGCUGCCAUUGUGUGAUCGUCUGAGUCGGCCUUAUCACUGUAACUCAUGCAGCUACUCGACCACCCCACCCACUCUGCCUGACAUCACAUCCUAAGUGGAUGACUGACCGCUGCCUUCUCCACGUGCAUGACUUCAGACAGCCUUUUCUGAGAUACUCUGACCAGGAACUGCUGUCCCCAGGACAUCGCUAUGGACAACUGACAAUGCCAAAUUUUAACACCACUCUACCUUCAGCCGUAGUCUAAUUCACACGAGAGAGUCCCAACACUAAACAUUGCCUUCUGAAUCAGCCUGACAAAUUAAUGUUUUGUACUCUGAAGGACUUCUCUUGCCUUGUAGUGACAUUUGUACUUGCUACCGAGAUUGAAUGAAAACUAUAUAUCCAGAAUGUUAAUGACUUUCUUUAGUUUCCACUGUCUGAGCAGAGCAGAGAGAUUAUCUUACAAAGCUUUGUGUAUGUUGUGCCAUAUCCACCUUUACUCCCAUGUGCUAAUCUGCUACUGUACAUAUGUGACAUUUGUUGUGAUUUUCAAAGUGUAUUUCUAAUGACCUAUUAAAUCACCACAGUACAGUGUGUGAGGUUGAGUUUGGUUUUACAUAUAUGAAAUUGAAUAUAUAAGUCUGUAUAUAAAUAUAAUGCCUAGACAGCCCUUAAAGCUAUAAUGAUAGACGUUUCUGGCGUUCUGCAGUGGAUUCUUUCACUUUUUCUGUGGUUCCUGCUUUCAUUUCAAUUGCCAAAUAUGGAGUGUCUACUGUAUUUGAUUUUUAAAAAGUCUUAUAGAUUGAAUGAUUCUUAUUCUAUACCAUCUCUUCAAAGUAACGAAAGUAGCAAAUUUUGUCCGAAUUUCUUUCCUCGAAGGUGGCGGUUCAGUCAACAUUGGACACCAUGCGUUCAUUGUUUGGAUUUCUAAGCAGCAGUAGAAACAAGACUAUUGGUAGCACAUUGUGUAGCUUUGAAAAACUAACAUGAUUUCAGAUGGAAACACUGAACACUGUAUGCUCUAUAUCCAACUUCGGACUAGCGAUGUUGACAAAUCCAUUAGUUGCAAGUCAAAAUGCUUUCAGAGCUCAGUUCAGAUCAUUCCAAUGUAACGCAUCAUUUCUGUCGACAUUUAGUCAACGAUAUAGAUUGAAUAACUGUUACACCAUUCCAGUAACACAGUGGCAAUGUAUUUGUUUUGUGUCCUUGAAUUAUUCUGUAACACGGCUUUUAUCCCAGUGGUCUGCUAGUUGGAAAACCGAGACAAAUGGAAGCAUUAAGAUGCACAUCCUAAGACAACCCAUCUCCAAUGGGACAUGAACUCACCGGACCUGCCACCUGUGGAGCAAUCAUCACCACAGACACAAAAUGAUGUUCUGCUUUCCCUUUCACUUCUGUACUUCUGUUCAGGCUUUAAAUGAAGUACUGCAGUUUGUUUUUCAUAUCAUCAUCUUGUAAUAUAAACAACGAGAAAAUCAGAUGAUGGAAGUAAUGGACUUGAUUAAAUGUUUCUACUCUACUUUUAUACAUUAUUUUCUUAUCAAACUAGUUGACAAGUAUUUUUAUAUGUUUAUAAGUGAAUACAUGUUCACAGCACAGCUGUGUAUAUAUGUAAAGAAGAAUAUUUAAUUCUCUUGAUUAUUUUAAACUGAAGACGACUGUUGGCCCAAAUUUGCAAAAUUGAAUUCUUUACCCAGAUGUGACCAAGAAUGUUUUUUUCUUAUUGUGGCUUAGUAACGGAGAAUAUAUUUAUCUUGUGGUGUUCACCACCCGCUCAGAGUGUAAAAUGCCAGUUCAAGUAGGAGACGGUUUAGAAAAGGUUUUGGUCUUUACAUAGGAGCUUUAAAUCACACGAAUGAAUUAUUAUAAUCACUGCUAUUUCAAAUACCCACUUUCCAUCUUAUUGCAAAUCCAAGUGUACAUCCAAAUCAUACUGUUUGUUCUUUUUCUUCCAAAUCAGUGUCUCUUGCCCUGUGUCUAGCUUUUGGUGCUAAAAUAAAAUCUGUCAUUGAGCCA